UUUUCCGAAAUUGCAGAGCAGUGGAAUGUCGCAGGGAAGGUGACAACAAUUGGCACCGAUAGUGCCCGUAAUAUGACAGCAGCAGCAAGACUCCUGCCAUACGAACACAUGCCGUGCAUUGCGCACAGUUUACAGAGAUCCAUCACCAUGGCAAUCCGUGACAGUGGUCUUGAGAAUGUCUUGGCAAAAUGUCGCAAACUUGUCGGACAUUUUAAGCACAGUCCAGCAAAUUCAGCAGAACUGCGACGACAACAAGAAGAGUCUGGACAGCAACAGGAGCCCCUCAUCCAGGAUGUUGCCACCAGGUGGAACUCCACUGUCAGCAUGAUCACCCGGCUUCUCAGAAACAAGGAUGCAGUCAGAGCUACACUUGAGCUUCAUCAACAAAGAAGCACACCAGCCAUGCUGACAAAUGCUGAACUGGAGAAGAUCGAAAAGCUUGAAAUACUCCUUGAACCGUGCAGGUAUGUGACGGAGCUUUUGGGAGGAAAACAGUAAAUAUCCUGCUCUGUGGUCCUGCCUGCA